AUGAAAGAUCAUUUGAAAGACAAGUCGGAGGAAUACCAAAAGUUGCUCCUGUCAGCGUCCAUAACGAGAGAGGCAAAACAGAAUGAAGAAAAUAAGAAGGCGAAAAAGCAACCGUCUGGCAACAAUGACGAUAAUAAUUUUAUCAUAUACAUGGAAUUUAAAUUCGAGAAUUUAAUCCUUUCUAGGUAUCUGUUUGAGAUCAGGGAUGAGCUGGGGACGCCAAUCCGGAACAGCGUGCAGAUAACGAGGUUCCUCAUCAUGCGGAGCGAAAACCACAUCAUGGGCACAUGCGUAUCCGACAGAAUCAUCCUCUGCUACAGAAACGACAAGGAAACCACAACCAUACUGCAAAAACUCAAGCAGGAGUUAAAAACAAAGUAUUCCAUAUGUCUAACGGUUGAAAGAAACGACAAAAGUAAUAACAAUGAGAUAGACAAGUGCCUCCUCUCCUAUAUUAUCCAAUUUACCCUAGUAUGUAAGUACGUAGAAUGUGGGAAGUGGGUUCACAUAUGGGAUAAUAUGGAUACGAUCAUUGAGUCCAAAUUUUGUGGAAAUAAUUCCAGUAAAUAUUUUAACUGCAUAGGUUUUAAGUUCCACAUAUUAAAUACCAAUUACAGGGUAGCUAGUCAGAAGAAAAAUUACAUACAUUUCGUGCAGAUGCAUUUAAAGGUUAUGUUAAGUAUGUACAAAGUUCUACCCCUGGUGGAAGAACAAAUUUACGAAAAUAUGUAUGUGUAUUGUCUACCACGCUGUUCCAUGAGGGCUACCAUUUUAAAUGUUCUCGAUAUUUCAGAUGCAAAAGUGGAGGAACGAAAUUUCAACUAUAAGGAUUACUGGCUGAAUGUACACGGUUAUGUGUUAAACGAAAAUGCUCUAAAAAAAAUAGUAAAGGUGAGACUAUACAAAGGAGUAUUUAACUACCCCCAAGGAGUUCUCCUAAGGGAUAAUAUAUACAAAUUAAAUAUAGCAGUAAAGAAGGACCCUUUUUUUUACGUCUGCCAUUUUUUGCGUACCUUUGAGCUGUUAAAAAGGGCACAGAUAAAAUUGCUCAGGUUUUCCGACUGUGAUGAAGGAGAAAGUAUAUUCGACGAUCUUUUCGAACGUCAGCUUGUUAUUCCAGUAAAGAAGGAACAGGGGGAUGAUCAGGAUGACCCCGAAUUUUAUGCCAAACUGAGUCGAAUUUGUAAACACGAAUUUGAAGGGAAUAAUUUUUCUCACUCAAUUUCCCAAUCAAAUAAACUACAAAAAACAUACGACAAUUCGUACCAACUGUACGGGAAUACAUUAACCACCUCGGGUGUAUCAAUAAAUUUAGAUUUUUCCAAAAAUAAAAAAAGUGGCAACGGAGAGGGGGACUCCUCCAGAAGGGACUUGGGCACCAUUCUGAAGGAGUCUGCGCUGGCCUACUACGCUGGACAAGGGAAUCUCCAACAGAAACCCAUUCAGCAUGAAACAGGACUGCAACCCGAUUACUUCACAAGAAAUGCUAACCCUGACCACGCAGUUGAUCUGGUUCACAAAACGAAGCAGCAAGGCACCACCGUAGUGCCCAUCACAGAUCACCCAAACAACCACGCAGGGAUGAAAACGGCACAGAUUGGAGAAUCUUACAUGGUGGGGAAUCCAAACCAGAACAACCAAUUGGACAAAUACCUUCACAACGUUGCAAAGAGUUACAGGGUUCAGGAGGGAAACAAUCCAGACUACAUGACCGACUUUAGCAUGUUCGAAAGCGUAAACCCACAGAUCAUAUUUUCCAAAGAUUUUGAAAACUUCCUGGACAAUCUGGACGAGGCUGCGUUGUACCAGGAGGAGCCCACACUAACCCAAGUGGAUUAUGACCACCAAGAGAAGAAGCGGCCCAAUUUUCCCGUAACCACCAACCCGCCACUCGGCCAAACGGAAGACCCCACGCAGGGAAUGAAGACGCGCAAAAUGAUGUAG